CGGAGGGAGGGAGGUAGAGAGGGAGGGAGGGCGGCGCGGCGGCGCGCGUGCGUAGCCCGCUCCCCGGCCAUGGCUGGUUGGGCGGGGGCCGAGCUCUCGGUCCUGAACCCGCUGCGUGCGCUGUGGCUGUUGCUGGCCGCCGCCUUCCUGCUCGCACUGCUGCUGCAGCUGGCGCCCGCCAGGCUGCUACCGAGCUGCGCGCUCUUCCAGGACCUCAUCCGCUACGGGAAGACCAAGCAGUCCGGCUCGCGGCGCCCCGCCGUCUGCAGGGCCUUCGACGUCCCCAAGAGGUACUUUUCUCACUUCUACGUCGUCUCAGUGUUAUGGAAUGGCUCCCUGCUCUGGUUCCUGUCUCAGUCUCUGUUCCUGGGAGCGCCGUUUCCAAGCUGGCUUUGGGCUUUGCUCAGAACUCUUGGGGUCACGCAGUUCCAAGCCCUGGGGAUGGAGUCCAAGGCUUCUCGGAUACAAGGCGAGCUGGCUCUGUCUACCUUCUUAGUGUUGGUGUUCCUCUGGGUCCAUAGUCUUCGGAGACUCUUCGAGUGCUUCUACGUCAGCGUCUUCUCUAACACGGCCAUUCACGUCGUGCAGUACUGUUUCGGGCUGGUCUACUAUGUCCUUGUUGGCCUGACCGUACUGAGCCAAGUGCCCAUGAAUGACAAGAACGUGUACGCUCUGGGGAAGAAUCUACUGCUACAAGCUCGGUGGUUCCACAUCUUGGGAAUGAUGAUGUUCUUCUGGUCCUCUGCCCAUCAGUAUAAGUGCCACGUCAUUCUCAGCAAUCUCAGGAGAAAUAAGAAAGGUGUGGUCAUCCACUGCCAGCACAGAAUCCCCUUUGGAGACUGGUUCGAGUAUGUGUCUUCUGCUAACUACCUAGCAGAGCUGAUGAUCUACAUCUCCAUGGCUGUCACCUUCGGGCUCCACAACGUAACCUGGUGGCUGGUGGUGACCUAUGUCUUCUUCAGCCAAGCCUUGUCUGCGUUCUUCAACCACAGGUUCUACAAAAGCACAUUUGUGUCCUACCCAAAGCAUAGAAAAGCUUUCCUCCCGUUCUUGUUUUGAACAGGCUUUAUGGUGAAGAGCGCAGCCCAGGUGACAGGUUCCCUUCCUCGAGACGCUGAGACAGGCUGAAGUACACUUUCUGCAGGAGUGUUUGACCGACUGUCGCUGGUCUAUGUCAGUGCCUAACAACAGUGUUCACCGAGCAAGGUGUUGUUCCUGGAGAAGACAUUCCCGGCAGACCUGGGCUUGCAGGGUCUGCUUUCCGUAGAGCAGAGCUUUACAGAACCAACUAACCAAUGUCAGGGUGAUGUAAACGGGUGUCUCCAAACUGCUUCUGCCACACUAACCAGGAGUAUGAACAGCUAUGCAUGUACACAUGCAUGCCUGGCUUGCUCUCUCUUCCUCUCCCUCCCCCUUCCCCUCUCCCCCUUUACCUCUCUCCCCCACCAUACAAGAAAGAAAAGGUUACCUGUGUCUGGGAUAGCUUUGGAAACAGUGAACGGCACUGAGUUCUGUGGUGUCAUAGGUUUUUAAUGUGUUACAUGCCAAAUAAAAACAGGAACCUCCGAAAAUAACACGAAUGUACAGGGUGAGAACACUGGUUCCAGGAGAAAGGAGUUUGUUGGAGUUUGUUAACAUUCUGCGACCUCUCACCAGUCUCUCCAGUUAUAUCCCCACUGCCUCAUUUGCCCUGCAGCCAACCUAGUAACAAGUUUGAAAACCUCUUUGAUGGAAUUCUCUUUGGACAUUUGUACUGAAAACAUGGAGAAAUAAAGUAUUUUUUAUACAAAUGUA